AUGGCUUUGAGCUCUCGAGCGCACGCCUUCUCGGUGGAGGCCUUGAUUGGGAGACCCAGCAAAAGAAAAUCUCAAGACUCAACAGAGGAGAUGCAGCCUGAGCUGCAGGAAGAGCAGUGCUUACAGAAAGAGGAGGAGGAGAAGGUACCCAGCAGUGCUUCUGGGGACUGCUGCAAGCAGCCGGCAGAAAAGCGACCCAAGGCGGAAUCUUCAAAAACGUCUUUCUCCUCCUGCUCUGGCGGCGAGAGCAUCGGCCAGGAAAGUCUGCACGAAAAAAACAUUAUCCAAGUGGAGCUUCAGGGAUCCGACCUAUGGAAGAGAUUCCACGACAUCGGGACUGAGAUGAUCAUUACUAAGGCCGGCAGGCGUAUGUUUCCUUCUGUUCGGAUCAAGGUGAAAGGGCUGGACCCAGUGAAGCAAUACUAUGUGAUUUUGGAUGUGGUACCAGUGGAUUCCAAACGUUAUAGGUAUGUGUAUCACAGCUCACAAUGGAUGGUUGCUGGGAAUACUGACCAUUCGAACAUCACUCCCAGAUUCUACGUCCACCCAGACUCCCCUUGCUCAGGAGAAACCUGGAUGCGUCAAAUCAUCUCCUUUGAUCGAGUGAAACUCACCAACAAUGAGAUGGACGACAAGGGCCAUAUCAUUCUGCAGUCCAUGCAUAAGUACAAACCCCGUGUGCACGUGAUGGAGCAGGACAGCAGCAUUGACCUGUCCCUGAUUCAGUCCCUUCCUACUGAAGGAGUUAAAACAUUCUUUUUUAAAGAAACUGAAUUCACUACCGUGACAGCUUACCAAAACCAGCAGAUUACCAAACUGAAAAUAGACAGGAAUCCUUUUGCCAAAGGAUUUAGAGAUCCUGGGAGAAACAGGGGUGUAUUGGAUGGGUUUUUAGAGACCUACCAAUGGAGGCCCUCUUUCACUGUGGACUUUAAAACCUUUGUUGCAGACACACAAAGUGAAAGCAGUGGCUCAUCUCCAGUGACCUCUAGUGGAGGAGCUCCCUCUCCAUCUAACACCUUACUUUCUCCAUCUUGUUCUCCACCUACACCUUCCCUUCACAUUCCUCCAAGCUCCUUUGGAACGACCUAUCCAGAGACAUACCUGCACAAUGUAAACCUACCAUUCUGCUACAAGAUUUGUCCAACUAAUUUUUGGCGACCACAACCUCUUGUCUUACCUACUCCUGAAAGGCUACCAAGCUUCAACAGUUCUCAUUCUUUACCCCCACUCAUGAUGGAAGUACCUAUGGUAUCCUCCAGGGGCGUCAUCAAUUCAAACAGUGGCUUACAUGAAGGCUGCAAUGGGCAGUGUCUACAAGCAUCUCAGUCUACCAAUCAAAUGUUAUAUGGAUUACAGAAUCCUGGAAAUAUUUUCCAGCCAAACCCCAUUGCCCAAGGAACACUCAGUUGCCCUUUUCAUCCUUCCCAAGGCUGUUAUAGGUACAACUUAUCGGUGCCAUCUAGACUCCAAAAUGCUACCAACCAUCUCAGUGAAAAUGACAACAGUCAGACUUCUUUUAAAGAAGGCAGAUGUGAUCAUUCCCAUUGGCAUCCAGCAGUCAACAAUUGCCUUUAAUGGGACAACAAUCACAUUUUAAGCAUUUGACUACA